UUGGACCGAAAAGUAUGACGUCACUCCCCCUAUAAAUAAGAGAUGCGCGCAGGAAUAUAUCAUUCUUCUGUGUGCUGGCCCUCCGGCUCGUCUGAAGCCAACAGCGUACGUCCUUCAUCGCCCCAGCGCAGAAAACUUGCCGGGAAAAGGCCACGUCGUUGCCGGGACAAGGCCACGAGAAUGCCGGCGGAAGACUCGCUACUACACGAUGCGGUGCAGCAGCUCAAGCUCGUGACGGCAGCUCGUACUCUCCCGGGUAUUGUAUCAGAGAUACACGGUACCACGCAAGGUGUGGUUGAGCACAGGAAAGCUCUAUCUGAGCCCGGUCUGGACAUUUACUUGUUCGGUUUGUGGUUGGUGUUGUGGUGAGACAUGUUUGAUAUCUGUAGUCUAGGCCUGUUGCAGGGCUCGCAGAGUCAUGUUUCUGCCGUACGGAAGGACUUCACGUUUUUGCAAAUUUUUCCGGUUGACUGUCACAUAGUUUCAUUGUCGCGUUUUGUCUGUUGCCUGUUUGCUGAGUGUUUUGUGAACGCUUUGUAAACGUUGUAUGCAGGUCCGACGGGAGAGAGCUACCUUUGAUAUUUAGAAUGUUUCUUUUCAGUUUUUAGUAUAUACGAUCGCAUCCUCUGUUGAAUUUUGCUGUGGCCACCUUUUUGACGACGCUGAUUAGUGGUGCUGUUUAGGAGUUUGCUAUUUGUGUGUUUUUCUUGUUUUGUGAAAGUGUUACCAGGAUGCUAGAGCUGUCGCUGUCGAGGAGAUGCAACAUGGCUACCCUCUGAGUCACCGUGGUGGGAUAAUAGAAUCCGUUGCCAUCCUCUACCUUGGAAGUUCUCAGGAACCGGGACGUGCUGGUUCACGCGUGACGUUCUCCCCCACCCGUAACGACCCUUGUAAGAAGUUUCGGACUUCAGGGAUCUUCAGAUGCGGCAGGUACGACAAAAGAUGUAGCAGCAAGUGGUGGCGCAAGAACAGCAGCCUGUCAGCCUCUCUUAGGCCCCCUCACCCUCCUUGCCAUUCCGGACACUUGAGUGCCACAAGGAAAGGACAGCUCAUGAAGACGGUACAGCCCGGGCAGGCACCGGCGAGUGCCGCGGGUAGAGCUCAUGAAGAUGGUAAGGCCCGGGCAGGCACCGGCGAGUGUCGCGGGUAGAGCUCACGAACGACGAAGAUGGUAAGGCCCGGGCAGG